AUGCCUGUCUGGGCGGGACUUCCGCAGAGUAAAAUCCUAUGUCAAGCCCUCUUGCUGGCCGGCGCUGGGAAUGGCAAGACGUUCGAUGAAGGAAGCGCACCGUACAGGUGA